UUGCUUACAUUUUGUUGUUAGACCUUUCCCCCGGAUGUGAUAUCUGCCCAUCGAAAGCUUCUCUUUUUCCCUUCCUGGUCUGCGUGCAUCUGUCAGUGGUUAACCAUGGCUGGUGCCGGUGUGCUGGGGGAAAGUGGCGGGGGCGGUGUAGCUCCAAUGGAUUACUCGGUGCACGAGGCUUGGAAUGAAGCCACUAAUGUUUACCUGCUGGCGGUGCUGGCUAGCCUGGCCCUCUUGGUGUACGCGCGCAGAAAUAAAAGAAAGAUCAUGAGGAUUUUUACACUACCUCCAAAUGUAGAAGUACCAUCUGAGCCAAACUUUUAUGAUAGUGUGAAAAAAAUUCGUCUACGACAGCAGUUGGAGAUGUACUCUAUUGCAAGGAAAUAUGACCACCAGCAGCAGCCGCAGAAACAGACUGAUAGUGUACAGCUUUUGGUGGAAUGAAGUCUUCAGUCCCUGGAACCAAGAAACAGUGCUGAGGAUGACAGAACAUUUGGGAUGCAGUCAUUUUCAAUGCAACUUGAAUAGUAUAUUGAUUUUUAUCCAUAGUUAUAGCAUACAGUAUGUCUUGAUCGGUCCUGUAUAAAUGUACAAAGAGCAUUCUUUGAAACAUGAAAAUUGAAUGUGGCUGAUACGUACUGGUUCUGUUUUCCAGUUUGAAUUACAAAUGAUUUCCAGUAAAAGCAAAAAGCAGGAGCUGAUCAAGUAAACGCAGGAGCAGUGAGAUGUCCAGUGUGGAUAUUGCAGCUGUUUCCAUUGCUGGUUUCAAAAGAGAUUAAAAAGGCACAUGGUAUGUGAUGUGCUUCAAUGCUCUCAAUAAAUUGGUUGGUGGUGGCGGUGAACUGAAUAUAUUAUAUUGAGAGGCUCACAGUAAAUACCAAAUGUCCUGUCUAAGUUAUAGAAUAUAAAUGAAGAGAUGAAAAUCUUGGGGUAUGCAGUUUUUCCUAUUUCACCUGAUAAACAUUAGUGGAUAAAACAAAAAUCAGUGUUGAACCUCACUUGCUGGUUUUACAGCCCAUUCCACCAGUUAAGCAAGCCAGAGUAUUUAUAGGUGGAGACUCCACAGGCCAUGAAUAUUUUGUAUUUACCUGUUUUAAUUGUUCUCCUUGUGUUUUAGUUCAUCUUGUUAAUUUUAUUCCUAUUUUUUUAAAGCCAGGAUACUUACGGUUAAGAUUACUUAGGACCAUUGAACUCAAUGGGACUAAGCUAUUUUAAGUCUAGGUACUUGUGCCUAAGUAGUUUGUGGUUCUAAUGAUUACUAAAAAAAAGUAAAAUGUCUUGAGAAAUGCCUAUUUGACUAAGUCUAUAGCACAGCUGCAACUGUAUGGGGGAGCGGCUUUUCCUCCUGUGUUAAAUGGCACUUUAGUGAGGCACUAUUACAAAGGAGUUAUAUACCCAGAGUACAAGGUAAUAGCCCUGUAUUUAGUGUUUACAGGUAGAACUGCUAAGAAAACAGAUCCACCUGUAAUGAUCGGUUAUACGUUUAUCUGCAAAUACAUCUAACAGAACUGAUUGUGAUGGAAUUAUAAAAUAAGUAGGUGACACAAAAUUUUAUAUGUGUAGGGGCUCAUAAAUAUUUGAAGAAAUGUGAAGAAUUUGUACUAGGCAUGCUUGCAAACCUAAAAACUUGAUGAAUUAAAUUAUAAAUUGCACUCUUACGUAGGUCAUGGUUUUCCAAUUGUAGUUCAAAAUAAAAAGGGCAAAUUAAUAAGCUUCUGCCUAGAGGUAAAUAAGUCAGUUCUGACACUGUAAUUUUUCCAUUUAUGCCCCAUGUUUCCUGAACUGUGCAUAAAAACUUGUAGGGACGAUAUAUAUUCAGGUACCUGAUCACAGCAAAAUUUCCUUAUCUCCCCACCCUCCUGGCAUUUCUGGUGUGAUUUUUGGUGUUGGCUUGAGGCAACUGUUCAAAGAGUUCUCUGCCAGUUGGACUGCAAAUGGAGUGCAGUAGCCCAACCAUCCAAACUUGGGAUUUGUUUUCUACUAUGUCAUGACUCUUCAGGAUUCUUUGCUCAUAUCCCACAUUUGUAGCACAGGCCAGUGAGGAUGAGCUUGCUGCUUGGGCAGUUGUAGUCUCAAAGGAAGCCAGUGAGACUACAGCAGUUUAAGGCCAGAUGCUCACAUCAAGUUGGGACAGCUUUUUGUAAAUGCAAGAGUUGUCCCUGUAUCUGCAUUUUUGGUGCAAUAUUAGGGGAACUUUUAAUUUGCAUAUCUUGGCUGCAGUGACUUCUGUGAUCAUAUAGUAACAGAAGGAAGACGAGUGAUGCAAGUGAAUUUCUUGUGCUAUAUAUGUAUGAAGAUCACAAGUACAUUUAACUUUUCACUUGUGAAUUUAGGAUUGUAUACUUUUCUCUUAAAAGAAUGUCUCAUCACUUCCAUUGGACUGUCCAGUACUAUUAUGAUCUGGGUAACUUAGCUAUAAAUGGUUUCCUUGUAAAGUGUCCCUAUGUCUCUUUGUAUAAAAUGUUUUUGUAUUUUACUUUUAACAAUAAAAAUACAUUUAAAGUUG